AGCCUGCUUGGCAGCUGCGGCGCAGAGUCCAGUCGCUGGUGCGCGGAGCGGUUCAGUGUCCCCGGAGCGGUUCGGCCCAGCCUUUUGCCUAGGCACCCAGGCCCGGUGCGCGCGUGCGUGAGCGCGCCUGCGCCGCCGGGACCGCUGCUAGGAGAGGAGAGCCGCCGCCUCAGGAGGACUCUUUUUCUCCCAGAAACUGCUCAAUGCUGAAACCUUUCAGAGUGGUAUUAGAGAAUUUGAAAGCACCAUGGAUGGGUUUUAUGAUCAGCAAGUCCCUUUUAUGGUCCCAGGGAAAUCUCCAUCAGAGGACUGUAGAGGUCGGCCUGUGAUUGACAGGAAGAGGAAGUUUUUGGACACAGAUCUGGCUCAUGAUUCUGAAGAGUUGUUUCAAGAUCUCAGUCAACUUCAAGAGGCUUGGUUAGCUGAAGCACAAGUUCCUGAUGAUGAACAGUUUGUCCCAGAUUUCCAGUCUGAUAACUUGGUGCUUCAUGCCCCGCCUCCAACCAAGAUCAAACGGGAACUGCACAGCCCCUCCUCUGAACUGUCCUCCUGUAGCCAUGAGCAGGCUCUCGGUGCUAACUAUGGAGAAAAGUGCCUCUACAACUAUUGUGCCUAUGAUAGGAAGCCUCCCUCUGGGUUCAAGCCAUUAACCCCUCCUGCCACUCCCCUGUCACCCACUCACCAGAAUUCCCUACUUCCCCCACCUCAGGCAACUCUGCCCACCUCAGCACAUGCCCCUGCAGUGGUCCCAGUACCAGGUGUGGGCCCUGCCCCUGCCCCUCACUCACUUCAAGAGCCUGGACCACAGCAGCAAACCUUUGCAGUCCCCCGGCCACCACAUCAGCCCAUGCAGAUGCCAAAGAUGAUGGCUGACAACCAGUAUCCAUCAGAACAGAGAUUUCAGAGACAGCUGUCUGAACCCUGCCACCCCUUCCCGCCUCAGUCAGGAGUUCCUGGAGAUAAUCGCCCCAGUUACCACCGGCAAAUGUCAGAACCCAUUGUUCCUGCAGCUCCCCCACCCCCUCAGGGAUUCAAACAAGAAUACCAUGACCCGCUUUAUGAACAUGGUGUCCCUGGCAUGCCAGGCCCCCCAGCACACGGAUUCCAGUCACCAAUGGGAAUCAAGCAAGAGCCUCGAGAUUACUGCGUUGACUCAGAAGUGCCUAACUGCCAGUCAUCCUACAUGCGAGGGGGAUAUUUCUCCAGCAGCCAUGAGGGUUUUUCCUAUGAAAAAGAUCCCCGCUUAUACUUCGACGACACUUGUGUGGUGCCUGAGAGACUAGACGGCAAAGUCAAACAGGAGCCCACCCUGUAUCGAGAGGGCCCCCCUUACCAGAGGCGAGGUUCCCUGCAGCUGUGGCAGUUCCUGGUCACCCUUCUCGAUGAUCCAGCCAAUGCCCACUUCAUCGCCUGGACAGGCCGAGGCAUGGAGUUCAAGCUGAUAGAACCCGAGGAGGUUGCUCGGCGUUGGGGCAUCCAGAAGAACCGGCCAGCCAUGAACUACGACAAGCUCAGCCGUUCUCUACGCUACUACUAUGAAAAGGGCAUCAUGCAGAAGGUGGCAGGCGAACGAUACGUCUACAAAUUUGUUUGCGACCCAGAUGCCCUUUUCUCCAUGGCCUUUCCUGACAACCAGCGUCCGUUCCUGAAGGCAGAGUCCGAGUGCCACCUCAACGAGGAGGACACCCUGCCACUGACCCACUUUGAAGACAACCCCGCUUACCUCUUGGACAUGGAUCGCUGCGGCAGCCUCCCCUACGCCGAAGGCUUCGCCUACUAGGUUUCUGAGAGGCUGAGCGGCGGAACCCUAGAGCUAGCAGUUCCCAUUCAGGCGAAUGAGGGCAGUGGUUUUGUUUGUGUUUUUGGCUGUUCCUAAAGCUUGCCCUUUGAGUAUUAUCUGAAGAGCCCAAGCCAUUUCAUUGGCACCUUUACAGACAGAUAACCUUGGCUAGGGGGUGGAGACAGCGAGGUCAGGAAACCAUGCCUCUACUCUAAUUCUGAUGAGGUUUCUGGGAAGAGAUCGAAGUGGAGCCUCCUUGCCAUGGACAAUAUAUGCAAAGCAAUACCUUGUUCAGGUUAGUACCCGCGGACUGGGAGAGAGUGUGACAAUCUUCAUUGAUCAUGGACUACUAAAUGCCUUUACCCCCGAAGGGCUCUGAUUUGCACAAUGUAUUGGAAAAAAACCCCACAAACUCAUAGGAGAGGAGCUUGGCUAAGCUGGGGAAGCUCAAACGGCAAAGGGUUUUAUGAGGCAUCUUGAAAUCCCUGAGCUCAAUCUGAAACCUUUCCCCCUGCCUAUAGAAAGAAGAGGGAAGGGCAGAGCGGCUGGUAGCCACUCCGUGGUUCUCAAAUAACAAACCGGCUUGACUCCUGGGAACCUCCCGGCACUGUGGUCACCAAGUCGAGCGAGCCCCUUUCUCUUUCCAGGCUCACGGCUGCGCGCGGAUGGCUUUAAUUUUAGGAGAAGGGUGGUUAACACUUUUGACAGUAUUUUGUUUUGCUUUGAUUUGGGGAUGUUUUGUUUUGGUGGUUGUUUUGGGGGGGAAGUUUAUAAACUGAUUUUUGUAGUUUUGGUAUUUAAAGCAAAAAAA